AUGCGCGUCAAUGCUCGAAAUCUCGCUCAAUGGGCCUCUGGCUUUCGAGGUUCAUCAUCUCAUGAUCCCAGUGUCUUGUCUUUCCAAUGUCCCACUCAUCGGACGAUCUGUCACCAUGCACGCCCUAGCUGGCUGCGUCCGAAGGCGCUUUCAUUACCCUCCAAUGUUGAUGGUCGCCGAGGUGCGAAGACUAAGGCUACCGUCAGAUUAAAAGACCUUCCUCAAGGAGUGCUCCGGUUGGAGCCGUACAAUGACGCAAAAGAUCAUGCGCCUGAGUAUCCAACAGUGAUACAAGGCCAUCGUAAUAACAUGCACAAAUUUAAGAACUGCGUUGUUCUCACUCGAGUUGGGGGCUUCUACGAGCUUUACUUCGAGCAGGCUGAAGAGCUUGCCCCUCUUUUGAACUUGAAGCUCGCUUUCAAAAAGACCGCUGCCGGCUAUGUUCCCAUGGCUGGAUUUCCUUUCUUUCAACUGGACCGCUUCUUGAAAUUGCUCGUUCAGGAUCUGAACCGCUAUGUGGCCAUCAGCGAAGAGUUCGCUAUCAAGCCAGAGGACAAGCUGAAAUCUGGGGGCCUUAUGUGGAAUCGCAAGGUAGCCAGAAUCAUCACGCCCGGAACUCUAAUUGAUGAGAAGUUCAUGGACCCAUCAGAAAACAACUUCCUGCUCGCAAUCUACCUGGAUGUCGCGUCUCUUCAGGAGAAGUCAAAGCAACAAGUUGACACGCAGUCAUCACAGCAUGUACUGUCCUCCGUGCUUCACGCCGUAGGGUUAGCGUGGAUGGAUUUAUCAACAGGGGAUUUCUUCACGCAGCUUACGACACUUCAGAUGCUACCAUCGGCUAUCGCGCGCAUUGGGGCUCGCGAGAUACUUGUUGAUCAAAAAGUUCAAGAUCUCAUUGGACAAGAAAUGCAACUUCUCGUUGGUCGCGACCAUCGACUUGUCACCUUUUUUAGCUUUCCAGACACAAUAGCACCGAUGUCGAACUGGGAAUCCAUGUUAGAGUCCCCAGUGUCAGAAAAUGCGAUUGCUUCCUUCACGAAGGAAGAAGUGGCCGCUGGAUUUAGCCUUCUUGAAUAUACAAGAGGCCAGCUUCAAAGAACAAAUCUUAAAUUACUGCCCCCUCGUCGUCGGCAUCUUGAUGAGUCAAUGAAUAUCGACCGGAACAGUCUGAGUGGCUUGGAAAUCCUGGAAACUGCUCGUGACGGGUUUGGGAAGGGUAGUCUCCUUCAUGCUGUCCGCCGCACGAGCACCAAGAGUGGUGCUCGUUUGUUAAGGGAUCGACUCACCUCACCUUCAACGUCAAUUCAAGUGAUCCACGAAAGAUUGGAUCUGGUCUCAAUAUUUGUAGAUGACAUUGAUCUUCGUGAUGGCGUGGUUCAACUGCUUAAACGAAACUACGAUGCUCAGCGGCUCGUUCAGAAAUUUGCGCUAGGCAAGGGAGACGCAGAUGAUUUAAUAUGUCUUUCUCGUGCAAUAGAAGCAGCAAGGGAGGUCAAAACGCUCCUUUCACGUUAUGCGAAUCUUUGUCUGGAGUCUGCGAAGAUUGCAAGUCUAUCGUCUAUGCUUUCGCGGCUUCAUCUCGACGGGCCAACUGCUCUAGCAGAUCGCAUCACGGCUGCCAUCGAUGAGGAAGGAUUGUUACAGCAGCAGCGCAUUCAAGAGAACACCGCUGCCGAAGCGGCUCGUCUUGCACAGGAAGUUGCGCUCCACGAAGGCACACCAGCUGAAGUGGACGAAUUGCCUAAAAAGGUUCGCGCCCGGACUAAUGAGCGUCUCUCCUCAGCGGAUGCCGAUUCCUCGCCUCCAGAGACAUGGAUAAUGCGUCGCGGGGCUAGUGCUGCGCUGAAGUCUCUCCACGAGAAGUUGGAUCGCUGCUUCACUGAGAAAGACGCUCUGGUCAAGCGUCUCCGCGACUCUGUAGGAUCUAAUAACUUAUCGCUCAAGUGGACUCCAGGUCUUGGUCAUAUCUGCCACAUCAAGGGCGCCAAAAUAUCCCAAACAGCCCUUGAAGAUUUGGGAGUAACACGCAACGUGUCAUCCACUAAGUCCACUCGAUCCUUCUACCUUCCAGCAUGGAGCGAGCUGGGUGGUCAGAUGGACAACAUCAAAAUACGGAUCAGGCAGGAAGAAAAUGCAAUUUUCGAGCGUCUUCGCCGUGAAGUGAUCAUGAAUUUGAUAAAAAUCAGACGCAAUGCUGCGGUCAUGGACGAGCUCGACGUGGCGUGCUCAUUCGCUACUCUGGCCCAGGAGCAGCAACUGGUUCGACCGAUUCUGAACAAUGGCAACACGCAUAGAAAUUGGCGAUCUUUCGUGAGCAAUGACUGCUUUCUCGGGGAGCCAGAACGGAUAUGGCUCAUCACUGGACCCAACAUGGCUGGUAAAAGCACGUUUCUUCGACAGAAUGCCUUGAUCACGAUCCUCGCUCAGGUGGGCUCCUACGUCCCUGCGUCCUACGCUGAAAUCGGCAUUGUUGAUCAGAUCUUCAGUCGUAUUGGGGCCGCAGAUGAUCUUUUCCGUGAUCAGUCAACAUUCAUGGUGGAGAUGCUCGAGACUGCCACCAUACUGAAACAAGCCACUGCCCGGUCCUUUGUCAUCAUGGAUGAAGUAGGGCGAGGAACGACGCCGGAAGAUGGAACGGCAGUGAGCUUUGCUUGCCUCCACCAUUUGCAUUUCCAUAAUCGCAGUCGAGUUCUCUUUGCGACACAUUUCCAUGCGCUCGCGGAUAUGACGGGCUCUUUUGAUUCCUUGGCACGCUAUUGCACUGACGUCAAGGAGAGGCCUGAUGGGGGAUUUUCUUUCGUGCAUCGUCUACGCAAAGGGGUCAACCGGGAGUCACACGCCCUCAAAGUGGCUCAGCUAGCAGGAAUACCUGAGGAGACCAUUGAGUUGGCAUCCCGUGUCAAAAGACAAUUACAAAAGAAUGGUGAUGGCGUUUGA